AUGAUGAUGAUGAUGAUGAUGAGGAUGAUGAUGAUGAUGAUGAUUCUGAUGAUGAUGAUGAUGAUGAUGAUUAGGAUGAUGAUGAUGAUGAUGAUGAUGAUGAUGAUGAUGAUGAUGAUGAUGAUGAUGAUGAUGAUGAUGAUGAUGAUGAUGAUGAUGAUGAUGAUGAUGAUUAUGAUGAUGAUGAUGAUGAUGAUGAUGAUGAUGAUGAUGAUGAUGAUGAUGAUGAUGAUGAUGAUGAUGAUGAUGAUGAUGAUGAUGAUGAUGAUGAUGAUGAUGAUGAUGAUGAUGAUGAUGAUGAUGAUGAUGAUGAUGAUGAUGAUGAUGAUGAUGAUGAUGAUGAUGAUGAUGAUGAUGAUGGAUGAUGAUGAUGAUGAUGAUGAUGAUGAUGAUGAUGAUGAUGAUGAUGAUGAUGAUGAUGAUGAUGAUGAUGAUGAUGAUGAUGAUGAUGAUGAUGAUGAUGAUGAUGAGGAUGAUGAUGAUGAUGAUCAAUCGUUGUGA